UGGAUGCAUACUGCAUGUCUGUGGCAGUGGCGGCUUUUAUAUAUUACUGUACUUGUUGAACUGGUUACUAGAAAGAAUGUCGACACAGACGUGCGAAUGCGAUUAGUUCCAGAAGAUGGCGGUAAUGCGACAGUGAGGACUCCGUGUGCUGCAAAACCCGAAACAAGAAGAAGAGAGAAGGAAGCUCUCCUCCUCCUCACAUCUGCAGAAGAAGGCGAUCAUGGGAAAUACUCCCAGUGUCACAACUACGCAGGAGGACACGUCUAUCCUGGAGAGGCUUCCCGUGUCCCAGUGUCUGACCAUUCCCUGCACCUCAGCAAAGCUAAGAUUUCAAAGCCUGCACCACACUGGGAAGGGACAGCUGUCAUUAAUGGUGAAUUCAAGGAGCUGAAGCUGUCGGACUACAGAGGCAAAUAUCUUGUCUUCUUCUUCUAUCCUCUGGACUUCACAUUUGUCUGCCCUACUGAGAUCAUUGCAUUCAGUGAUCGUGUGCAUGAGUUUCGUGCCAUCAAUACAGAGGUGGUUGCCUGUUCAGUGGACUCCCAGUUCACCCACCUGGCCUGGAUCAAUACUCCCAGGAAGCAGGGUGGACUUGGACAAAUGAAAAUCCCUCUGUUGUCUGACCUUACUCACCAGAUUUCAAAAAACUAUGGAGUCUACCUGGAGGACCAGGGGCACACACUAAGGGGACUCUUCAUCAUUGACGACAAAGGUAUUUUGAGGCAGAUCACCAUGAAUGAUCUUCCAGUGGGAAGAUCUGUGGAUGAGACUCUGCGGCUGGUGCAGGCCUUCCAGUACACUGACAAACACGGAGAAGUGUGCCCAGCAGGAUGGAAGCCAGGCAGUGACACAAUUAUUCCCGACCCUUCAGGCAAGCUGAAGUAUUUUGAUAAACUGAACUGAUUUACUGUACGUUUCUGUUUUCCCAGUCUGUGAAAUGCACCACUUACAGAAAGUACAAAUAAAAUGUUUUCAUAAAA